AUGAGCGCUAUGCCGAGAAAUGCUUCCUCGGCGCUCUCGUCGGUGCUCGCGAUAACCUGCAUCGCCCUCUCCCUGCUCGCGCACAGCACCAUGGCGCAGGUGGUGCUCACAUUUCAAAACGUCACGUCAUUGAUGGGGACGUGGUCGUCUGGCUCGCAGAACGUCACUACCGGCAUUGAAUUCUUCAACCCGGUCACGCAAGAGUUUAAGCUACCGGCGACAUCUGGCAUCUCGUAUUCCUUCACGGACGACGGCUUUUUCGAGGAGGCGCGCUACCAGUUUGUCUCGAAUCCGGUCACCAAUCGAUGCUUCAAAGCCUCGCUUAUCUGGCAACACGGCACAUACGCUUUUCACUCAAACGGCUCGAUCACGCUCUCGCCGUUCCCAGCAGACGGCUACAUCCAGGUGCUCGAUCCGUGCGGUGCGCAGACCAGCUCGAUUUAUAGCUACUCCGAAUUCGAACUCAUCAGCAGCUGGUACAACUUCCAAGACGAUCACCCUGGCUUUAUGCCUACAGGCACCACAGCGUACGCUCUUCAGAUGAGUGCGUUUGACGGAUCCAAGCUCUCACCUUUGUGGCUCAGAAAUCGCCCACCCAACAUGUUGCCCACCAAACAGCUCUUCCAACAGGUACUCAACGACGCCGCCGCUUGA